AUGUCUACCUCUAGAAACAUCGAUGUUAGAACAUCCUCAGAUAAAAAAAAAUGCUGGAUUAAUGGUAUAACUGUCUCUCCUCAGAACCAAUUAUAUGUAGCAGAUUGCAAUAAUUCCCCAAUUAAAGUAAUAGACAUAAAAAGUGGAACAAUAAAACAACUACAGCUUGAAUCAUUCCCCUGGGAUAUCACCAUAGUGAACAGAGAUACACUUGCUGUUACAUUACCACAAAUUAAAACAAUACAGUUCAUUUCCUUCUCCUCAAACUCUCUUUCAUUGAAAAACAAACUGGAAGUAGAUGGAGCUUGCUAUGGAAUAAGCAAUCAUCAGGGUAAACUUGCAGUCACCUUUUUAUCUCCUGCUAAGCUCCAAAUCAUGGACUUGAAAGGUGUUAUUAAAAUUACAGUUGAGAAAGAUUCCAAUGGUGACAGUAUUUUCAGUAGACCUUGGUAUGUCACCACAAACAGCCAUUCAAUCUAUGUUUCUGAUACAGACAAAAAGGAAGUUAUAUGGUUUAAUUGGCAGGGAGAGGUAAUAGGAAGGAAUGUAGACAUUGAAAGUCCAAGAGGUAUUUCACUGUUAGAUGACGGGUCCUUCUUUGUGAGUGGUUACUUGACUAAAUGUAUAUAUAGAGUAAGUGGUCACUGUAAAGACAGGACAACUAUACUGGAGAAUGUAGAGGAUCCUCGAGCUGUAUUUUGGUGUGCUGAAACCAGUACAGACAGCAUCAAGUCAGAGAGAAACAAUAUUAUCAAAAUAUAUGAAAUAGUUUUGAACCAAGCAUUGGUAACCAAUGUAGACCUAACAAAACAUAAUUAUCAUUGCUAA